AUGACCUCCAAAUCCCCCGAAGAUGCAUUGACUGCCCCGUCAAAACCCAAAGCCAGAGUCACAACAUCAUCGAGUGGCUACUUAAAGUCCACCGCAUCGACUUCGAACAAGUCUUCUGCACCAUCAUCUUCCAGAACUAAUAAUCCCAGUAGUAAACCUCCGAGUAAACCUUUCCCGUACAGCCGUGACACUCGGCCAUCUGGCGCCACAUCUCAUGCCGCCACCAAGUCCACUGCUGCCAAACCGACAUCACAUCGGUCUGGAGGCACCGACAAACUGCCCCCGUCUAAACCUAAAGACGCGAAAUCCGCGCCAUCUACCACUGGAGGGGGGGCAGGUACGGCGGCAAAGCCCUCCGCAUCCACCACCAGUAGUUCGUCACACUCGACGUUGAAGAGCAGCCUAGACAAAUCUGAAAAGGACGUAGCGCAGAAAGUAGAUGCGUCUCUUCAUUCGUCUAGACAGUCCAGUGUUUCUGGAAGCGUUUCGAAUAAGGCGAAGGAACCGCAUCCUUCACAAUUAAUUCAGACGGUUCCCUCUCCCCCUUCCAUCACAUCAGCCCCCACACUAGUGUCGCGUGCACCAGUCGCUACUAUGUCCCGGCCUUCAGACUCACUACAGGUGGCCGCACAGGCCUGCUCAUGGAUAUACGUCAAUGCUAGCCUCGAACAUGGUCUCUCAGCCGCUCAAGUGAAUGCUCAGGAGACAUUGAACGCCUUCUCACAGCAGCUCAUCGCACAAGAAGCAGGCAUAGCAGAUCACAAGCUCCGGUCUGAAGCAGAAAACCUGAUCUCAUUCUUCGAUGACCUCCUCGUGGUAAGCAAAAGUACCGACGGUGACCCUUCUGAGAAGACAGAUCGCGAUUUACGGAACGCAAAAGCCGUUCAGAACUAUAUCCAACACGAGUCGGCAUGGGAAGCGCUCGAGAUAGUGAUUCUGCAACUUGCUGCUCGUACCCUUUCGGGUCAAUCUGAAUCGGGCUCUGCUCUCUCUGGGGACCAACUGGCAGAUGCGUACGCCGAAAGUUGCAAACUCCUUGAUCAAGUGCGAGAUACCACGAACGCCUUGACAUCUCUGAGGAAUGAGUUAGACGCCUUGCCACUAGGCCGCGAAAGCAGUAAAGCAGCCCAAGUGACAAGUCAAUUGGUCGCAGUGCUCGAUGCCAGAUCCGAGAAUGUGAUCAUUGGGGAAGACAUACUUGUGAGAGCGAGAGAGAAUCUCAGAGCUUCAAUUCAGCUCGAAUCUAUACACAUGUCCUUGUCUGGAGAUCUGGUAUCUUGA